GUGUGGGAGGAAGGCCGUCGCCGCCAUUUUGUCGGUCGGUUGGUGAGCUGGGAGCUCCAGUGUAACCAUGUUAUCUGCCGCGCAGCUACUGGACGAGCUUAUGGGCCGGGACCGGAACCUGGCACCGGAUGAGAAGAGAAGCAACGUGCGCUGGGAUGACGAAAACGUGUGCAAAUAUUACCUGUGUGAAUUCUGUCCGGCCGAGCUCUUCACCAACACGCGCUCCGAUUUAGGUCCGUGUGAAAAGAUUCACGAUGAGAACCUCCGGAAGCAGUAUGAGAAGAGUUCUCGCUUUUUGAAGGUGGGAUACGAGCGCGAGUUCCUGCGCUAUCUGCAGAGUCUGCUCGCCGAGGUGGAGCGCAGGAUACGGAGGGGUCACGCGCGGUUAGCUCUGUCGCAGAACCAGCAAGCUUCCGGUGCUGUUGGUCCGGCUGGAAAGAACGAGGAGAAGGUUCAGGUUCUGACGGAUAAAAUUGAGGAACUGCUGCUGCAGAUUGAGGAGCUGGGCUCGGAGGGGAAGGUGGAAGAGGCGCAGGGGAUGAUGAAACUUGUAGAACAGCUGAAAGAAGAGCGCGAGCUUCUCACAUCUUCCACAUCGACAAUUGAGAGUUUUGCGGCGCAGGAGAAGCAGAUGGAGGUGUGUGAGGUGUGCGGAGCCUUUCUUAUUGUCGGGGACGCUCAGUCCCGGGUGGACGAUCACCUCAUGGGAAAACAGCACAUGGGUUACGCCAAAAUUAAGAGUACUGUGGAGGAAUUAAAGGAAAAACUAAGGAAAAAGUCUGUGGAGCCCACCGAGCGAGAAGAUCGGUUAAAGAAAGAGAAGGAAGAGAAAGACAAAGAGAAGGAGAAAGAAAAAGAAAAGGAAGAGAAGGAAAAGGAGAAGAAGAGGAGACGAGAGGAGGAAGAGAAGGAGAAGGAAAGGAACCGCGAGAGGGAGAAGCGCAAAAGAAGCCGUUCGCGCAGCCGAAAUUCCAGCAAACCCUCGGACAGGCGAGGCAGCCGAUCUCGUGACCACAAGAGGUCCCGGAGCCGGGAGAGGAAGAGAAGCAGGAGCAAAGAGCUUCAGAGAAGCCGCAGUCACAUUCAGCCCGAGAGGAAACAUCGAUCACGCAGCAGAGACAAGCGCAGGUCAAAGAGCAAGGAACGCAAGUCUUUCAAACACAGGAGCCGAGACCGCGAACGCAGAUCCAAGGAGAAAGAAAAAAGGAGUUCCGACGACAAAAAAAGCAGCAAGUCCAGCAGUCGAGACGGGCAAAGCGAAUCUCGCAAAUCUGACCAUAAGGAAUUGCCCGUCCAAACCUCUGUGAAUGGGGCCAACGAAGACAUAAAAUCUGAAGGUGACACUCAGUCCAAUUAAAACUGAUCUGAUUUGACCUCUGAUCAGCCGGAGGACUGUGCGUUUCCGAAGAUCAAGGCGACCCUCACAAGAUGUCUUAAUCGAAGAUGGGCUUUAAAAUGAGGUGACAGAACCUGUAAAAUGAUAAAACUCAGUUAGAGUUGGUUCUAAACUAUAAAAUUUGAGAACUGAAGUAAUUCUUUUUAGAGUCGGUUCAGUGCAGUCCCUGACGACAUGUUAUCGGCCAGAUGUCAGGGCGCAAGAAAAUUUAAUUUAAACAAAAGCAAGCGAAGUGUAACAGCCAUGGCUUGCAUAUUGGUUAAGUCAGAAGCAUUUUUUUUUUUUCGGACUUGGAAACACAAGAGAAUUGUGAACCGCGUUACUUUGUUUUUUUUUCUUUUUUACUAGUAGAAAAUAAUUAUAAAUAAAUGCAACUUCUAAUUUUCUCUUGUAAACGUACGCUGUUGUCAUUUUUGGCUUGGUAUGAAACGCUUUUUAAAAUAAAUGUGUCACUGUUUAAA